GGACGUCACUCAUUUCCCCCAGUGGCCUUGACAAGUCAGGAGCUUGAAAGCAGGGAAAUCCGGAUGUCUCAGUUAUGAAGAGGAGCAGGGGCCUCAACAUAUUUCCAGAACUCUCCAUCCAGCCUGGUGAUUGAGCUUCUGCCUUCCUUACUGCCAGUGGCCAUCUGCAGCGCUUACCUGGCUCUGAGGGGUUUGCACAAUGGCCAAGUGCUUCAGCCUGGUGUUCCUUCUUGCCUCUCUGGACCUUGAGGUUCUGGUCCAAGGCUCUGUCCAAGCAGAACACUUUUCCAUCUCACUGCCAUGCGAAUUCUGGGGGUCCACCCUUGUGAACAAAAAAGGUACACCGGCAGAUGACUUCACAGAAGCCAAAGGCCUGCAGGCUACUGGACUAACUCUGGCCAGCAAAGACCAGGUGGAAGCAGCAUGGAAGUCUGGCUUUGAGACUUGCAGUUAUGGAUGGGUUGAAGAAGGGUACACUGUCCUCCCUCGGAUUCUCCCGAACCCCAAGUGUGGAAAGAAUGGCAUAGGCGUCCUGAGAUGGAGCGCUCCAGUUAGCCAAACGUUCAGGGCCUAUUGUUACACUCAGGCAGAUAUUUGGGUCAACUCAUGUGUUCCAGAAAUUAUCACCACCGAUGACCCCAUGUUUGACACUGAAACUGCAGCACACACAUCAGAGUUCACUGACAGUGACAGCCCCUCCUCAGAAUCAUCCCCUUAUUCCACGACACCUGUGCUUGCCACUACUCCUGCUCCAGCCACCACUUCUUCUCCGCGGAGGAAAAAAUUGAUUUGCAUCACGGAAGUGGUCACGGAAACUAGUUCAAUGUCUACAGAAACAGAGUCAUCUAUUAAAGGGGAAGCAGCAUUCAAGAAUGAAGCUGCUGGGUUUGGAGGUGUUCCCACGGCUCUGCUAGUUCUUGCCCUCCUCUUCUUUGGUGCUGCGGCUGGUCUGGCAGUUUGCUACAUCAAGAGGUAUGUGAAGGCCUUCCCUUUUACAAACAAGAAUCAGCAGAAGGAAAUGAUUGAAACCAAAGUAGUGAAGGAGGAGAAGGCCGAUGAGGGCAGUCCUAAUGAAGAAUCAAAGAAAACGGAUAAAAAUCCAGAGGAGCCCAAGAGUCCGCCCAAAACCACAGUGCGAUGCCUGGAAGCCGAAGUUUAGAUUAGAAAGAAAUGAAAAGCCACACCUGAGGCUAGUUUCUUUCCUGAACCAUCCCAGCUACAGGUAGGGAAUCUAAAAAGGGCCAAAGAACCAAAGAAGAAAGUCCACUAUUUGUUCCUAAUGGGAAUCAGCUCAGGGCUGCCUUUGGGCUGUGGUGUUCUCCAAAGGGACCCCUCUCCUUCUGUACCCCUUUCUGGACUAUCUUUCUACCUCCAAAGCGUCCCAUAGCCUCUCCAACCUGCCUAUGUCCUAGUAAUAUCCCACUGGGAGAAAGGAGCUUUGCAAAGCACAAGGACCCAGAAGUACUUGUCUGUACACAUUUGUAAACAGGCUUCUGGGGUUGGCAGAGACUAGGGAGUUGCAGGCAGAGGAGUCACUGAAACCAGGCUGGUUCCAUAGCCCAGAGCCUUUCUGCAGCUCUGAAAGGGGAAACGAUUAUACUGCCUGACUUGUCCUUCUGAGCCAGGCACACAAGGUUUGAGACCCAAUCUCUGGGAAACCAAAAUAAAUAGAGCAAUAGAAGGAGGCCAGGAUCCUGACCGUGCCAUUGUCAGCAGGGACAGAGGGCCAGGUGUUCUUCCCUGAGUAAAUAGAUUGGAAAUACUUUUUAGAAUAUUCUCACACUUUCUUUUCUCUCUACUACUACUAAUUUUCUGUAGAAGAAUAGAUUUUUACAAGAAACAAAAAAUACUUGUACAAAUUUCUAUUUUUAUCUGGGUUAAGAAAUUAUUAUUGAGGAAAAUUACUAUUGAAAAGUAACAAAAUCAACAAUUAGUUGCCAAAUAUCUACUGUAGGUUGAUUAUUCUUUAUCUUAAAUGCUUGGGACCAGAAGUGUUUGGAUUUUGGAUUUUUUUAGAUUUUGUAAUAUUUGUGUAUACAUAAUGAAUAUCUUAGAGAUGAACUCCAAAUCUGAACACAAAAUUCUUUAAUGGUUCAUAUACCCCUUAUACACUUAGACUGGGGUAAUUUCAUAUAAUAUUUUUGAUAAUUUUGUACUUGAAACAGUUUCAUGGUGUAGAAUUUUCCACUUGGGGUUAUCAUAUUGACACUCAAGAAUUUCUAGAUUUUGGAGCACUUCAGAUUGGAUUUUUGGAUUAGAGAUGCUGUAUACGUACAUGUCAACCUGUAUAUGUCAGGUGCUUUGCAAGAUAUUACAUCCUGUAACUGAAUGUUAUUUGUCAAAAAAUUGCAUAUAGUUGAGUGCUGUCUGAAGAUAAUUUUUUUUCUAGUUUUGAUAUGCUUAGCUUACCUACUUCCAAACUAAUUGUGGAUGUGUUUUUUUCUUUUUGUUUGUUUAUUUUGGUUUUGCUAAGACUAAUCCGUUCAUUUUCUUUAAUAGGGCAACUAUUAUAACUUUAAUUUAUUAUUAACAUACCUAAAAGUACAUUAUUACCUCUGUAUAUCAAAGCACAAUUUUUAAAAUGUCAUUAACAAACAUAUCACCAGCUCUUGUUUUUCUAGCAAGAGCUACAUGACAGGUGCGGAAAUAUUUGUGCCAAAAAAACAAAUUAAAGCAUUCAGAAAAUUUA